GUACUCCGGGGUCGUUGUGCGGGUAGGGUGGGAGUGAAGUUUUGGUUUUGGGAUAUAAUUUACUUCCCAGCCUUUAUCUGCAUUCACAGCUAUUCUUCUGUCUGAGCGCUAAGCCACCAACCUCGCUAGCAUUCCUCAGCAAUGUUCUAUUUUUUCGGUGUGCCUGGUGGGGCUUGGGUGGCUUUAUCUGCUGCUGGAUUUAUCACUUACUAUUUUUCCAAAUGUGUGAAGGUGCCGGUGACGGCGGUAAAGGCGGACAGCAAGUUCGGCCGCUUCCUGGAGUCGCACCUGUCCAUCCUGCAGGAGAAGUACUGGCCGACGCCCUGGUGUCUGGAGGCGCGCCUGCAGACCAUCCUGGGCAGCCUGUUCCGCAGUCAGCUGCCGGUCAUCGACUAUGAGAGGGAGCUGGUGGACCUGCCGGACGGCGGCGUCGUGGCGCUGGACUGGCACCGGAGCGCCUUCAGGGCGACCCGGGGCCGCGGGGACGCCCACCCGAUCGUGCUGCUGGUGCCUGGACUGACAGGCAGCAGUCAGUCGGACUACAUCCGCAGCCUGAUCCUGGUGUCGGAGCGCAUCGGAGCCAGCUGUGUGGUGCUGAACCAGCGGGGACGCGGCGGCGUCCAGCUGAAGACGCCGCGGACGUACUGCGCGGCCAACAGCGAUGACCUGGGAUACGUGAUCGACCGCCUGCACAGCGCGCACCCACGCGCCAGGAUUGUGCUCACCGGCAUCUCCCUCGGAGGGAUGAUCGUGGGCAACUACCUGCAGCAGCAGUCGGCUGCGGCCGUCGACAAGGUGCUGGCCGCCAUGAUCAUCUCGGUGCCCUGGAACGUGUUCGUCGGCACCGCCAGUCUGGAGACGCCCGUCAUCAAUCUGAUGCUCAACAAGCACCUGGCCGAGUGCCUGGUGGACUCGGUCAAACUGCAUGAGAAAGUCAUCAACACUGCUGGAGUACCGUGGGAUUUCCAGGAGGUGGUGAAGUCGCGCACGAUCCGCGAGUUCGACGCGUCGUUCGUGGUGAAGCAGUUCGGCUUCCGCGACGUGGAGGACUACUACUCGGCGGCGACGCUGACCGACAAGCUGCACCGCAUCAAGGUGCCGCUGCUCGGGCUCAACGCCGCCGACGACCCCUUCAUCCCGUGCUCCGGAGUGCCCCUGGAGGCCGUGCAGAAGACGUCGCACGUGGCCAUCGUGCUGACGUCGCACGGCGGCCAUAUCGGCUUCAUGGAGGGCAUGCUGCCGUUCGGACAGAACUACAUCGAUCGCAUAUUCGCGGAGUACUGCCGCGCCGCGCUGGCCAACCCGGAGCUGAUCCAGCAGUAGAGUACUGCCGCGCCGCGCUGGCCAGCCCGGAGCUGAUCCAGCAGUAGAGUACUGCCGCGUCGCGCUGGCCAACCCGGAGCUGAUCCAGCAGUAGAGUACUGCCGCGCCGCGCUGGCCAACCCGGAGCUGAUCCAGCAGUAGAGUACUGCCGCGCCGCGCUGGCCAACCUGGAGCUGAUCCAGCAGUAGAGUACUGCCGCGCCGCGCUGGCCAACCCGGAGCUGAUCCAGCAGUAGGGUACUGCCGCGCCGCGCUGGCCAACCCGGAGCUGAUCCAGCAGUAGAGUGCUGCCGCGCCGCGCUGGCCAACCCGGAGCUGAUCCAGCAGUAGAGUGCUGCCGCGCCGCGCUGGCCAAUCCGCAGCUGAUCCAGCUGAACCAGCAGCAGACUCGGCGCCCACAGCUGAACCAGCUGAAUAAGCAGCAGACCCGGCGCCCGCAGCUGAACCAGCUGAACCAGCAGCAGACCCGGCGCCAGCAGGUGAACCAGCGGUGGGUCUUUCAGAUGGACGCCCGGCUCCGUUCUCAUCUUUGCCAUUUGGUUGUGGCAGGGUAUGCAGAUGGAAUGGGCAGGGUGGCCCAUCAGCAGGCCCUGUCGUUGGUUCACACGGCGCUGAUUAAGCAACAGACUGGUGACCCGAACCGUUAGAAAUUAUUGUUGCUAUUAAGCAGGGCAUUUAAGUAGUCAGCUUUAUAGAUCUGGUCUGUGCGAGGAGAUUAGGCAGAGGGCCGUGUUCGGAGCUCCCCGAGGUGGCCCGGGGCUACACUGGCCGUUCGGUGAGCCGGACAGCCCGCCUGGGCCCAGUCGGGGGUGUCUGGGGUGACGCGGGCGCGGGCUGAGUCAACGCCUGCGCAGACCCGCCUCUGUCUGGGUCAGACUAGCGCCUGCACAGACCCGCCUCUGUCUUGGUCAGCGCCGGUGCAGACCCGCCUCUGUCUGGGUUAGCGCCGGUGCAGACCCGCCUCUCUCUCUUGGUCAGCGCCGCUGCAGACCCGCCUCUGUCUUGGUCAGCGCUGGUGCAGCCGGCCUCUGUCUGGGUCAGCGCUGACGUAGACCCGCCUCUGCCCGGGUCAGUGCUGGUGCAGACCGGCCUCUGUCUGGGCCAGACUAGCGCCUGCGCAGACCCGCCUCUGUCCGGGUCAGCGCCGGUGCAGACCCGCCUCUGUCUGGGUCAGCGCCGGUGCAGACCCUCCUUUGUCUGGGUCAGACUAGCGCCUGCGCAGACCCGCCUCUGUCUGGGUCAGCGCUGGUGCAGACCCGCCUCUGUCUUGGUCAGCGCUGGUGCAGCCGGCCUCUGUCUAGGUCAGCGCCGGCGUAGACACGCCUCUGCCCGGGUCAGCGCUGGUGCAGACCCGCCUCUGUCUGGGCCAGACUAGCGCCUGCGCAGAUCCGCCUCUGUCCGGGUCAGCGCCGGUGCAGACCCGCCUCUGUCUGGGUCAGACUAGCGUCUGCGCAGACCCGCCUCUGUCCAUGCAGCCUCUUGCACUCUCUUUCCUCACGCCCCGGCCGUUAUCAGUCGCUUGAGGACGGCCGCAGCGCCCGUUACAGUCCACUCUUUGCAGUUUCUAGCUAGUUCACUUGUUCGCCGCGGCCGUCCCAUCGGCAGGCCUUUGCGAGUUACUUGUAGUCCGCUGUUACGGAAUGCGUUUUAAAUGACUUGGAUACGUUGG